AUGUUCAUCUACAGCACUGACCAGAGCUUUCUGGCCAACACCAACUGCGCCAUCCUGCGGCUGCUCUCCUACGUGAGGAGGAUGGUGGGAAUCCCAGGCACGGAUGUCAUUGACCUGUGUGACGAGCUGGGCACCCCCAAGCUGCUCUUCCAGGUGACCAGCCUGAGCAAGAGGGCCAGCAAGUUCCUCCAGGUGUGCGGGACCUACUGUGUGUACAGGGUGGAGUUCGAAGCACCUGGGACCGAGGAGGAGCAUGUGUGCUGGUCCUUCACGUCCCUCCUGGAGCACCCCAGCCCAGUGCUGACAGAGGCCCUGUGGCUGCAGGGCGAGCGCCUGCACAGGAGGCAGACUGUCGCCCCAAAGAUGCUGGAGGAAAGGACGCUCGACACGGAGACACUGCCCUCCACAGUGCAAGGCCGAGGAGUGGGGAAGGCGUCGGGGCAAGGCCCAGGCAGAGCGGGGACGGAGGGGACCUGGCACAAGGUGGCCUCACCCUCCAGAGCAUGGCCGGGGACAGGCCAGCGGGACAGGCGGCGCUGA